AUGGAAGAACUUACCGCUUUUGUCUCCAAGUCGUUUGAUCAGAAAGUGAAAGAGAAGAAGGAGCUGAUCACGUACAGGGAGGUGCUGGAAAGCGGACCCGUCAGGGGAACUAAGGAGUCCGGAGGCGCCAACGAGCCCAGCGCGGAGGAGAGCGACAGCCCGGCGGCCCGGGGAGCUGGUGGAAGCGGCGGCUCGGGAAGGCGAUCGCCGGUGCGAGAACUGGACAUGGGCGCCGUCGACAGGAAUCGGGACGCGGACACUCCUAAACUCAGCGAAGUUUCGCCGGAGCUGAAAGAGCGCAAAGAGGAUGCCAAAGCGAUGGAAGACGAAGGACAGACGAAAAUCAAGCAGCGGCGGAGUCGCACCAAUUUCACCUUGGAGCAGCUGAACGAGCUGGAGCGGCUCUUUGACGAGACCCACUACCCGGACGCCUUCAUGAGAGAGGAGCUCAGCCAGCGGCUGGGACUGUCGGAAGCCCGGGUGCAGGUCUGGUUUCAGAACAGAAGAGCUAAAUGCAGAAAGCAAGAAAACCAGCUCCAUAAAGGGGUCCUCAUUGGAGCAGCAAGUCAGUUUGAAGCAUGCCGAGUUGCUCCCUACGUGAAUGUUGGGGCUUUGCGGAUGCCUUUCCAGCAGGAUAGUCAUUGCAACGUGACGCCCUUGUCCUUUCAGGUGCAGGCCCAGCUGCAGCUGGACAGCGCCGUGGCGCACGCGCACCACCACCUCCACCCGCACCUGGCGGCGCACGCGCCCUACAUGAUGUUCCCGGCCCCGCCCUUCGGCCUGCCCUUGGCCACCCUGGCGGCGGAGUCUGCGUCGGCCGCUUCGGUGGUGGCCGCGGCGGCGGCGGCCAAGACCACCAGCAAGAACUCGAGCAUCGCGGACCUCAGACUCAAAGCCAAAAAGCACGCGGCCGCGCUGGGCCUGUGACUCUUGGGGCCCCGAGGGGCGCGUGGCCAUCCUAUCGCAGGCAGCAGCGCGGGGGCCCGGGGGGCAGGCUCUCCGGACGGGCUCCCCCGCCACCCUCCCGCGCUCCGCCUUCCGACGGAGACCGACCUCGGCACCAGGCCGAGCCCGGCUGCGCCUGCGCGCCUUCCAAACUGAGGGCGGCCUCCGUGGGGCAGCGUCCUUCGGUCGUCGGGGCGGGAGAGCCCUACGAGGACACCGCUUGCUUCUUUUGACCGAGGGAGUUGGGGGCAAAGCUUUGCUUUUUCUGCUCCGGCUGAGAAAGCGAGAAAGAGGAGGAGGAGGACGACGACGGGCAAGGCGGCUCCCUCAUAAAAAACGGAGCGGGGAAGCGCGAGGCUUCUUGAGAAAAAAGAGUUCGGUGAACUGUUUAAGACGCGCAGCUGGGAAGUUCACACAGGUUUUUGAAACGGACCCUUUUUUUCCUGCGAAGUUCACUUUAAUGCGAGGAAAGUGGAUAAGAGAGGCGGGCCUCCUUUCACGUUGCAUCUGAUGAAGCUGGAGCUCGAGCAGCUACGAACUUAUUAGAAGUGGAGAUGGGGGAAGGAAAAAACGUUACAAGUGGCGGGAGGGGGAGGAUGGGAAAGGCGCGCGGUUCUUUCUCUCCCCCGACCCCCUUUUUCUUCUCUCUUCCAACGCUAAAACUUAAGUCUGAAUAUUUUGCUAGGACUGUUCCGGGUCUGCAUGGGGUUCGGUUAAUUAUUAUUAUUAUUAUCAUCAUUUUUUUCCACUUCUUGUUGGCAUCGCAUCCGAAAUCUUGGAGGAGAAAUCCGUCAGGGAGAGAAGCACGCCGCGCCGAGUUACGAGAGGUCGUGAGGAGACCUCGCAAUGCAAUGCAGAGAAGGGGGCGCUCCUGGCCACCCCCCCGAUCCCAUCAAAAGCAAUGGGCCAUAUGUGAGACCCCCCCAAAUUAGUACUCUAGCCCUGGUCGCUUAAGGCUCCUCUGAUGAUCUUUGACUUGGGUGUCUGCAGAGUAUGUCAAAAAAGUCAAAAUGGCGGUCGCGACGGUGCAAUCGACGCCCCGCCUGCCUUCUAUAAGCCGCCAUUUUGACUUUUUUGACCAUCUCCUGCCGACAAACCCCUCCCCCCCAGCGAUAGGUUUUAUUGAUGACACUGACUUAUUUUCCAAAAGACAUGGCAAGAAUCAGGAUUCCUUGGAGCCUGUUUGCCCCGUCCCUGGUUUUGGUUCAAACAUCCAGCCUCCUAUAAGAGUUCUAGGAACGAUAAAUUCUAAUAAAGCCACGAUUACGUUAUACAUUUCGGACCCCCAGACCCACGCCAAGGCUGCCUAUAUUUUCACAACCUCUCACUGAGGAUCCGUGGCCAACAGCUCUCAUCCCACUAAUUUCAAUGGGAUUUGUAUGUAGCUUGUUUCUCGGGUGAAGCUUGUUUGGCUGUCGGAUUUCUAGUAACCUUGGGUGUCUUCCUCCUCUCUCUUCGCUGUACGGACGGAAGGGUAUCCACGGCCAUCCAUAAGGCCACCUCUAAUAAUGGCAGGGGGUACGGAGUAUAUUUUUAAAAAGUAAGAUACUGGUGCACAAAAGCAUUUAUUUCGGCAAUGGUAAAUAAUUGGUGAGUUGAGUGUUCCGUCAAACCUUUUGAUCCGAUCUCAUAAAGGUGCAUCCAUUCCCGUAACCUUGUGAUGUUACAUAAUCUAUAUCAAUGUAUUUUUUUUCUUUUCUGAAGAAAUAUAAAUAUAAAUAUAUAUAUAGCGGUAAUCUGAGCGGCCGCGAAGUAGCCGGUCCGUCCGUUCGCUCCAAGCCAGAGCUGCGCGCUCUCUUUUGCCAAGAAAAUGAAUCGGAGAGGGGAGAGAAAAUCUCUUUGCCAGUUGAACUCUGCUAGGAACAGAGCUUUAUAAUUAUUUGUUCUCCAUGAAAACAAAACAAAAAAAUUAUUUAUAAUGACCGUAUUUUUUCUAGUGUAUUUUAAGUUAUUUGAGGGGAAAAGAAAAAGUGGCCAAGAAGAAAGAAACGCUGAUAUUUUAUUUCCGUGUUGUCGGCACGAGAGUUUGUUCCACUCAGGUUUGCUUCGCUUUUAUUUGUUCAUUGUCGACGUCACAGUUUUCAAUAAGUGCCAAGUUAUGAAUUAAGACACUUUGCAAUCUAUUGAAUGGAAAAAAUG